AUGAAAUGGAUGAAGCAGAAGAAGUAAAUAAUAAUACAUUAGCAUUGACUAUUCUUACAAAUAAUGAAUUAUUAAGUGAUAGACAAAAGUCUAAAAAAUAUUUAAUUUGCCAAGGUCUUCAAUCUGAACAAAUUUCUGAUUAUAUUAAAUGUACUUCAGUACAAUUUGGCA